AGUUGGCAACUUCUGUGCACUGUGUACUUCAAUUGCUUUGUUAUAAUACCACUAACAGUUGACCGUGGAAUAUUUAGUAGCAAGAAAAUUUCAAGGAUAGACUUAUUGCACAGGUGGCAACCUAUCACGGUACUACACUUGAAUUUGCUGAGCUCCUGGGAGUAACCCAUUCUUUCACAAAUGUUUGUACAAGCCGUCUGCAUGCCUAGGUGCUUGACUGUAUACACCUGUGGCCAUGGAGGUGAUUGGACCCACCUGAAUCCAAUGAUUUGAAGGGG